UCCAAUAUGGCCGAGUGCUUACAAAGGGGCUGUUCGCGAAUAACAUAAAUUAAAAUUUCAGUUUUUGUGAAUAGUUUCUAAUAAGUUUUAUUGCCUUACUAAAUAAUGUAAGUCAACACACCUAAUGAAGCUAUACCUGUAUACUGAAGAUGCCAGUUAAUUCUGUACCUGAAACGAAAAAGGGAAUCGAGAAAUCUAGGUUUUCUCUAUCAUUAAACAGAAAUAAUGUUGUACUGACUAAUGAGAACAGGAAACUAGGAGACAAGAAUAUUGACCCUUCUAAGCUCUCUACUAGUGAUAAUAAAGAGAAUAAACCAGUGAAACGACCAUUAAACAAAACAUAUAACAAUAUUUUAAGCGCCGCAAAAAAAUUGAAACCUCUGGAGUCGUCAACACAAUCAGAGCAAUCUACAGAACCGGAACUGAUAGUAAAUAAGCCAAUCCAAUCCAGCUUUGCCAUGUUGAAUGGCCAUCACCCAUCACAAAACCAGUAUGCGGGCACUGUGCAGAAAAAGACACCAAUUGCUACACUCUCAAACUUAGGGAAUACUUGCUUUCUCAACAGUGUUCUCUAUACUUUACGAUAUGCACCCCGUUUCCUUCAUAAUCUACAUCACCUUGUCUCAGACUUGGCUAGUGUAGAACAGAAACUUGGCAGUAUCAGACAAAAGAGUUCGUCACUGGGCAGAAGUGCUGCUGGCCUGGCAUCCUCAGGAACCAGGUCUUGGAGCAGUAAGGACCUUCUAACGCUAGGGCAAUCAGACAACAGUUCUGGGAAAAGUAAAAUACAGAUAGCAACAGAGAAAUUACAUGAAACCUAUUUUAAUUUACGUGCGGCUGAGAGUAAAUGUAUCAACAGCGGGUCAGCUGACGCGAGCCCUGAACCCUUUGCCGCUGACGCUUUUCUAGCUGCUCUUAGGGAUGUCAACUCCACAUUUGAAGGUAACAGACAGCAAGAUGCACAUGAGUUGCUUGUCUGCAUCCUUGACAACAUUCGCGAGACGUGCCGGGCGCUCUCCUCGCGAGCUUCUAGGCUACAAAUACAUGAAAACGGAGAGAGUAACGGAAUCGGUCGCCAGCCAAGCUUGGACGGUGAUGGGGCAAAGCCCACACUUGGCAACUUGCGUAAAUCGUGGAAGAAGCGUAAAGAGGUGAAGGUGAACGACAAGAGGAACUCUCCCACGGACGAGCGGGCCUCCUCGCCGGCCGACACCGAAAGAGACGAGAGGACGCGGCCAGGCUGGGACUUUGUUGCUGAUGAUUUUGAAGGUACGAUGGUGGUUCGCACAAUGUGCCUGGAGUGCGAGAGUGUGACAGAGAAGGCGCAAGCGGUGUGCGAGCUGUGCGUGCCGGUGUGCGAGGAAGACGGCGAAGAAGAACCAUUCCGCGCCGCGUGCCUCUCCAGCGAAUACCUACGCGACCAGAACAAGUACUGGUGCGAGCGCUGCCUGCGCUACAACGAGGCGCGGCGCAGCGUGGCGUACUCGCGGCUGCCGCGGCUGCUGGUGCUGCAACUGAAGCGGUUCAGCGGCGGCAUGGAGAAGAUCACGCGCCACGCGCCCACGCCGCUCCUCAUGCCGUGCUUCUGCGAGCCCUGCACGCGGCGACAGCCCGACCAGCCCUCCGCCCACAGAUACAUCCUAUGGGCCGUGAUAAUGCACCUGGGGCAGACGCUGACGGGCGGGCACUACGUGGCGUACGCGCGCGCCGCCCCCACGGAGGGCGGGCGGUGCGCGCGCGAGGCGGCGGGCGGCGCGGGCGCGGGCGCGGGCGGGGGGGAGGCGGCGGCCGCGCCCUCGUUCAUGCGGAGCCUGUUCGCGCGCGGCCGCCCCGCGCCCGCCGCCUGCGCCGCACGCGACUGCUGCCUGCCGCGGCCGCGCGCCGACUGCUGGCUCGCCUGCGACGACGACCUCGUCAAGCCUAUAUCCAACGAGGAGUUCGAGGAUCUACUCUCCGCGGAGCCCAAGGUGCGGACGGCGGCGACGCCGUACCUGCUGUUCUACGUGCAGAGCGACGCGGGCUAGUGCAGCCGGCGAGCGCGGCGGGCGCCG